AUGUCGACAGGUAUAAUCCGCACGAGUCAACCUAGCGACGAAAUCGACGAAAUCGUCUUCGACAUCCCUCUCCACGAAUACAGCGACAGAAACAAAUGUCACAUCAGCUCCACACCCAGUCUUCGACGUGUGAUCCAGGUUCUUGCUUUCUACGCGAUGAGGCUCGAUAAAAGUUACCGCGCGCCGAGUGGGCCCGUCCGGAGUGGAUCUGCGCGGUUCAUUCUCCGCGUCUCGACUGCGCGUGCAGAUCCGGACGCGCUGUGGAAGUUACUGCAAGCUAUAUUUGAGGAGCUUCCUGUCGCCCAUGGUUCCCGGGUGGUGUUUCCGCACCGGCUUGAGGAGCACGUUCUGAUGAUCGAUCGUUACUUGGGAUAG